AAUCACUAUUAAGGGUUUAAUUCUUAGGAUUAUUAGUCUUAUUCCUGUUUUAGUGUAGUUUGUUAUAAUUGUCCAGCUGGCAUGAUAAGUUGUAACUUGUAUAAGAGCACUAGCUCUUAGUAUUGUGGGAGAUCAGAAUUUACAAACAGAAAUACAAAACCAAAAAACAAUUCAAGAGCUCUGCUCUCUCUCUCUCUUUCUUCCUUCUCCCUCUCUAUCCUUUGUGACUUGCAGGUUGAUUAAGGGGUUAGAGAAUUGGGGUCGUAUCAAUGGUAUCAUCCUUCUCGAAUCCUGGUUUCCCUCAUGUGCAUGCCCACCCGACCCGUCUUCAUGCCAUGGAUGCAAGCCUCUCCGCUGCAAUCGACUCCUUCGAAGCUUCGAUGCGCUCGAUGCGCGUUGCGUUCCGUGAAGCUAUAGAUUAUGCUCUGGCACCCAUCCGCCGUGAAAUUGCUUUACUUCGCCGUGACUUGGUUCUCGGCGUCGAGGGAGAUUCUGAUCCAGCCUCAAUGUGUUCCACGGAAGCUGAAUCGAUCGAGGCAGGUCAUCAGAAACUUCAAAAACUUGAGACGUACGACGGAGACGGUAACCCACUGCGAAUUCCGUCGACAAUCCAAGACCAUUCCAUUUUGCCAUUGCUCUUAUCGUCACCGAUGUUGAGAGCAUUUGCAAGUUAUCCGGUCAAGCCCCAAUUGAAAGAGUCUGUGGCAGCCACAAUUCCACUGCAACAUUUUGAGAAACCCAUGCCUGUUGCGACAGUGACCACAGUGCCGUUCCCAUUUUCAGCAAUCGUUGGCAAAACUGCAGCCUUAUCUCAACUAGCAAACCAUGAUGCCAAUGAUACCAGCAACAUUAAGGGCUAUGGAGACCACAAGAGUGUCAAAUUACAGAUUAUUCGCCUCUGCAAGCAGCCGUCAAUGAAUACAAACACCACCAAAUGUAGACAUGAGGUAUUGAGAUCUUUGAUUUACAAUUUUAAAAAUCGGAAGGCCAUGUGGCAUUGGUUUUUCCAUAGUUCCCUUGCGUGUUAUACUGAUGGCAAGGUGGACAUGAAUGAUGCUUAUUUGAAUGAGAUAAAUGGUUGGGUCGGCAUGUAUGAGGUUGGCAAGUUUGUGAUCGUUAGGAAUGCAAAGAAAGUGUUUGAUGAAAUGCCGAAGAGAGAGUGUGAGAAUAUUAUCGAUCUACAGGCUGAUUUCUCUGUGUUGUUCCCUACUAACCUUGACUUGCGGUCGGUAUGGGAUCCCGGAGAUCCAUUGGCUCAAGCUGUAAAACUGAUGCUCUAUCUUCAGUGCAAGGAGGGCAAGCGCAUGGGUAAACAACAGUCAUGCUUUUGUUCGAGGCAUUGUGGUGGUGACUGGCAUCACGCAGCUAUGCCAUCACUAGUAUCUUGGGUUGUAGUUAGGAGGGUUGGGACAUGGGAACCACCCCAUGCUAAUCAGUACAACUUACAGAAUGUCAAAAGAGAAAAACACAAGGAUAAUCUUUUCGAGGUUCAAAGACUUUUGCACUUGACUACUCUUGGCAACUCUAAGUUGCACAUUGCCACUUUAUGGAAGAUGCUCAAGCCUUUUUGGAAUGCAUCAACCAUUACAGACUACAUAAUGGAAAUUGAGUUCUUGUGGGAAAAGGAUAUCAAAGUUGCUCUGUGGGGAGGCAAUACCACUUCCUUAAUUUUUUCAGCUUUUGAGUCUUGGCUUGUGGUAGAACACACUAAGGGCAUCUUCAAGCAACAGUGGCUUUCAUUGACAUGUUCUAAGGUUACAUUGGAGGCUAUUAUAGCUAAGGCAGGGUCUCAAUGGUAUGUCCCAUAUCAAAAAACUCAAUUCUCCAUUUUAAAAGCUCCAGGGAAGUCAAGCUCUGUCUCUCCAAGUUACAUGGCUCACCAACCUGACAUCAACCAGAAAAUGAGGGCGAUUCUCAUUGACUGGCUUAUUAAGGUCCAUUACAAGUUUGAGCUUAUGGAUGAGACACAAUUCCUUGCCGUACAUCUUAUAGACAGGUUCUUAGAGCGCCAAACAGUGUUUGGACAGAAGCUUCAAUUGGUUGAUGUGACAGCCACGCUAUUAGCUUGUAAGUAUGAGGAGGUUUAUGGAGAAAUGCUCGACAAGGGAGUCAAUCCGAAUGAGUUUACCUAUGUUUUGUUGAGGGUGAAAAGACUCACGGGGGACAUUCCAAGCUAUCAGUUUAUAAUGAAGACGUUGAGUGAUGCUGGGAAACUUGAUAAGGUGCUUAAUGUGGUAGAUACAAUGCGUGAUGAUGAUGGGGUUGAAUUCUUUAACAAUCCAAUUACGAAGGCUAUGUUGUUUCUGAACUUCGCUAGUGAGUCUUCUGAUGUUUUCAAAUCCACAUAUCGUGAAGUUGCUGAGAAAUAUAAGAAAGAAGACAUAAGCUUUAUCAUUGGAAAUCUCAAGGUCGUAGUCACUGACGGCAUCCAAGAGUACAUCAAGUACAGAAAAUAUAUGUGGCUGGAGUUCUAUGCUCCUUGGUGUGGACACUGCAAGAAGCUUGUUCUAAUUUUGGAUGAAGUUGCUGUCUCAUAUGAAAAUGAUUCCAAUGACGUUAUUGCAAAAUUACAAGCCACUGCAAAUGGUGUGCCAAGUGACUUCGAUGUCAAAUAUUACCAACUGCCUCAAUGCCUGCAGGAUCAAAUGCUUGCACACUUGUGUCUGAAGUUCAGAACAGACUCGGAAGAUCUGCAACAACAAGAACCCCUUGAUAUGGUGUACUUAUUUCUUGGGGUUUCAAAUGACUUGCUUUUUCAGUGGGUCUGCGAUGAAAGCUGGAGUUUAUGCCUUCUUUGA